AUGAGUGUUAAUUAUAGCAUUUGGCCAGUGGUGCUCGUGAUCUAUAAUUUACCCCCAUGGUUAUGUAUGAAACAACCAUCAUUCCUCAUUUCUACAAUAAUAGACGGUCCUAAAGGGCCGGGAGAUCGGAUCGAUGUGUUUCUGCAGCCUCUUGUGGCUGAGUUGAAGGAGUUGUGGGACAUUGGCUUGAGAACAUUUGACGCAGUAAGUCAAGAGUACUUCCAAAUGCGUGCUGCCUUACUAUGGACCAUUAGUGAUUUUCCAGAUUAUGCUAUGUUAUCUGGAUGGCCGACACGCGGGGGAAAUGCAUGUCCAAAUUGUGGUGUACGGACACACUCUACAUAUUUGAAGAAUGGGCACAAAUUUUGCUACUGUGGCCAUAGGCGUUUCUUACCUGAUGGGCACAGGAUGCGACGUGAUCGGCAUUCCUUUGAUGGAACGAUGAACUUUGAGCCCAGCGUCACACGCAUAACCGUUGCCGAGUUACAUGAUCAGUUGAGGGAUGUUCCUACUGCCUACCGUAAGGAGGAUUUGGUUGCGCAACAAGCGGCACAACAAUCUAGAAAACAGCGUCGGAGAGAGCAAAGACAAUCAUCCACAUGGAAGAAAAAAAAAAACAUUUUUCUUGAAUUACCAUAUUGGGCUGAUCAUGAUAUACGACAUAAUCUGGACUUGAUGCACAUUGAAAAGAAUGUUUGUGAAAAUAUCUUGCAUACAUUGUUAGGCACUAAGGGGAAGACAAAGGACAACCUUAGUACGAGGAAGGACUUGCAAUUGAUGAAUAUACGGAGUUCUUUGCAUCCAGUUUCCAAGCCCAAUGUUAGACGGUACAUUAUGCACUACCCAACCCAUCGUUUUGUACUAUUGGCACUACAGUUGCAUGACUUUGUGAGAGAGGAGGCGAUGCUUGGAGGACCUGUUCAGUAUAGGUGGAUGUAUCCAAUCGAAAGGUAUUUAGGUACUCUCAAGAGAUAUGUACGGAACCGUGCGAAUCCGAAUGGUUCAAUUGCACAUGGAUACCUCGUGGAAGAGUGUAUGACAUUCUGUUCGAGAUAUCUUGGGGAUUUAGAGACUAAAGAGAAUCGUGUUGUGCGACAUGACGAUCUUGGAUCAAUAAGGGGGCGUGGUCUUUUUGGGUCCCGGUGUAACCUCGAUUUCAUCACUUUGCAACAAAUACACGGAUACAUAUUAGGCAAUGUCGAAGUUAUUGGUCCACUCAGAAGUGUGCAUCUAGAAAGUAUUAAGAGAAUGCGACCCAAUGCAAGCCCCCGAGAAGUGCAGCAGAUUCACAUCAAACAAUUUCCAGGGUGGUUUCAAACCUAUGUAGAGGAUCCUACCCACAAUGUCGAUGGCACAAUCACUGCGAACAUAAAGACACUAGCACAAGGACCUUACACGCAUGCAACAAGAUUCACGUCUUGCAUCGUCUCUGGAAUCCGGUUUCGAGUUAAAUCAAGGGACGAAGGAAAAAAGACUCAGUGUGCUGGUGUGAUGGUCAAUGUAGAGACGAUUAGCUAUGCAAGUGCAAGAGACCUAAAUCCUCGGGCAGGUUCGGUCGCAUAUUAUGGGUUAGUAACUGACAUUAUAGAGGUGGAGUACAGUAAUGAAAUCCGCUUUCUUCUAUUUAAAUGCGAUUGGGCUGACCCAGAGAAAGGUGUUAAGGAUGAUGAGUACAAGUAUAAGAUGAUGAUAAUUUCAGGACAAGGUUUAACCUUGACGAUGGUUGCAUAUCCAGAUGAGCGGUUGAUUAUUGGUUGA